AAAAAGUCCAUACAUCUUUCCCUCCGCGAAAACCCUAGCCCUAGCUGUGCGGCACUUCACACGCUUUCUCUGUACCCAACUGAACCAGUACCAAUUCCGAGCAUAUCAUGGCGGCGAACGAGCACACUGUGUUGCAAUUUACAUCGUCCUCUGCGAGCUUGUCUGCGAGGGUUCACCCUCUGGUCAUCUUCAACAUCUGUGAUUGCUACGUAAGACGCCCUGACCAAGCCGAGCGAGUUAUUGGCACUCUCCUUGGCUCCAUCUCGCCCGACGGCACCGUUGAGAUCCGUAACUCAUAUGCUGUCCCUCACAGCGAGUCCUCGGGCCAGGUUGCUUUGGAUAUCGAGUAUCAUCACAAUAUGUUAGUAUCCCACCAAAAAGUGAAUCCGAAAGAAGUUAUCGUUGGAUGGUAUUCAACUGGUCUUGGAGUUACCGGGGGUAGUGCACUGAUUCAUGAAUUUUAUUCUAGCGAAGUUCCCAACCCUGUUCAUUUGACUGUCGACACAGGAUUCAGGAACGGACAGGGCACAAUAAAAGCUUAUGUUUCUUUCAAUUUGUCACUUGGAGACCGGCAGCUUGCAGCACAAUUUCAGGAAAUUCCUCUGGAUCUUCGUAUGGUUGAAGCUGAACGAGUUGGAUUUGAUAUUCUAAAGACGACUGUGGUUGACAAACUCCCAAAUGAUUUAGAAGGGAUGGAAGCGUCAAUGGAAAGGCUAUUAGCUCUUCUUGAUGAUGUCUACAAAUAUGUUGACAGUGUUGUGGAAGGGCGUGUUCCUCCAGAUAACAACAUAGGGAGAUUUAUUUCAGAGACUGUUUCAUCCCUUCCCAAGUUGUCACCAUCAGCUCUUGAUAAACUUGUAAAUAACAGCGUACAGGACAAUUUGCUUUUGCUAUAUUUGUCAAGCAUCAUCAGGACGCAGCUCAGCUUAGCCGAAAAGUUGAACACGGCUGCUCAGAUACUGUAAUGCGGCCUCAGUGGAAGGGGAAUCCACUUACCAAAAGACAAUUUAAUUUACUGAAGUGAUCUAUCUCCCAAGUUUUGAGGAAUGCUAACAUUUUAUUUAGAGGCAGUUGUAAUAUUUUUGCAUGAUUUUAAAUAUGGUUGUGUUCUCAAUUUGACGGAAGAAGCGUGCUUUGUAGCUGUUCAAUUGUUUCCUAUAAGCCAGUUAUGUUUGGAGCAAA